GCGGAUGAUACUCUUCUCUCUACCUGUGGAGAUGAAGACGGUGAAGGUGGAAGUGGAGAACAGGCAGAGGGACGGGAUGAGGGAACGUACGGGAGGAGAGAGGUUUACCUGCAUCUCACUGGAGGAGAUGGGGAGCUACUACAGAUACACCCAGUGCUGUCAACAUCUGCGUAAUGACAUUCUGCAGAGGGAGGAUGGCCCCCUGUUCGCGGCAGAAAUUGGCUCUGAACUCCAGAAACAGUUUGCCAUCCUGCCAGGGGGCCGCGGGAUAAACGGAAGCCCUAUCAUCGUCUUCCCAGAAUUCCCAACUUUCAGUGAGCUGGAAGAGGAGGAGAUCCAAAAUGUCCUGAGCUACCUCACCAGCGUUCCCAGUGUUGCAGCAUCCGGAGUGGGUUUCAUCCUGGUCAUCGACAGACGACUGGACCGAUGGGCCGCUGUCAAGGCUACCCUGCUCCGCAUCGCAGGCUCAUUUCCAGGGAUCUUGCACUUGGUUCUGGUGUUGCGUCCCACUACAUUGCUCCAGCGGACACUGUCGGACUUCCUGUUCAAGUACAACAAGGAUGAGUUCAAAAUGAAGGUGGUGAUGCUGAGUUCGGUGACUGAGCUCCACGCCUAUAUUGAUCCAGGACAACUGACCACAGAGCUGGGAGGAACGCAGGAAUACUGCCAUGACAGCUGGAUCUCACAUCGCACUGCCAUCGAGGCGUUCGCUCUCAUGGUGAAGACCACGGCUCAGACCCUGCAGGCCUUUGGCACUGAGCUCGCAGAGACAGAAUUACCCAAUGAUGCCGAGGCCACCACCAACCUGCUGCACACACACACUCUGAAGAAGGAUAAAAUGAAGGAGGACCUGCAGGUGGCACUGUCUCAAGGGGGACGCCUGUUGGAGUGUAUCAAUGAGCCUCUACAGACAGACCCUGAAUACAACAUGACCCACGAUGAGCUGGAAAACUUAGCUACUGUACAGAGACUCCUGGGUCAGCUGGACGAAACAGAGACAGCGUUCGAUGAUUUCUGGGAGCGUCACCGCACCAAGCUGGAGCAGUGUUUGCAGCUCCGCCACUUUGAACAGCACUUCCGUGAAGUGCGUGCCCAGCUUGAUGUGACAUUGGAGCGGUUAUCAGGCUUUUCUGAGGUCAGCGUAAGCCCUGUCCAUGCCGAGCAUGUCCUCCGAGAGCUCAAUGGGCAUGAGGAAAAGGCCUGUGAGGUACUAGACUAUGCCCUGUCCUUGGCCGGCGAAGGUGACAGGCUGAUAGAAAACUCCCACUAUGCUGAGGACUCCAUCAGGCCGAAGUGCAUCGAGCUGAGAGGAGUGUGUGAGGAGAUCAGCUCCACUCUGAGGAGCAAGAAGAGCCUCCUGCUCCGGGCGAUGGAGCUGCACCACGCUCUGGAGAAGGCAUCACGGUGGUGUGAGGAGGGCAUCUUCUUGUUGGCCAGCCAACCAGUGGACCGCUGUCAGUCUCAGGAUGGAGCUGAGGCAGCUCUGCAAGAACUGGAGCGAUACCUGGACACAGCACCACUACACACCCUCACUGACCGCAGCGCCAUCUGCUGCCAGUAUGAGGCGGUGCUCACUACUCAGCUCAGGGACCAGAUAGAGAAAGUUUUCCAGAAGCAAAGCUCUGUCCAGGAGAUGUUCGAGAAGAGACGUGUCAGCCUGAAGAAACUUGCCGCCAAACAGACCAGACCAGUGCAGCCAGUGGCACCAAGACCUGAAGUGAAGUCUCCACAGUCCUCUCCCAAUCAACAGAGAAAAGAGAGGAGAUACUCUGCGGAUAAUACCAUCUGCAAAAAGGUGGAGUCUCCCGUACAUAACGGUAGCACCAGACAUGCUUCUCUGUCAGAAGAAGAAGAAAACCUGGCAGUGCUGAGACGCCACGUGAUGAAUGAACUGCUGGAGACAGAGAGAGCGUAUGUGGAGGAGCUACUGUGUGUGCUGGAGGGCUAUGCAGCAGAGAUGGAAAACCCUGCCAUGGCUCACCUCAUCCCCAGCACCCUGCUCAGCAAGAAGGACGUCCUGUUUGGAAACAUGCCUGAAAUCUACCAGUUUCAUAAGAGGACGUUUCUAAAGGAACUGGAAGCGUACACUGACUAUCCUGAACUAGUGGGCCGCUGCUUUUUAGAAAGGAUGAAGGACCUGCAGAUCUACGAGGCUUACUGCCAGAAUAAACCUCGCUCAGAGAGCUUGUGGAGACAGUGCUCUGACUGUGCCUUCUUCCAGGAGUGCCAGAAGAAGCUGGAACAUAAACUUGGUUUGGACUCCUACCUCCUUAAACCCGUCCAGAGAAUCACCAAGUACCAGCUACUGCUGAAGGAGUUGUUGAAGUACAGUAAGGGCUGUGAUGGCUGUGAUGACCUACAGGAAGCUCUCUCCUCCAUUCUGGGGAUCUUGAAAGCUGUGAACGACUCCAUGCACCUCAUCGCCAUCACAGGAUACGAGGGCAACCUGUCAGAGCUUGGUCGUCUGCUGAUGCAGGGCUCCUUCAGCGUGUGGACAGAGCAUAAGAAAGGUCACGCCAAGGUCAAGGACCUGGCCAGGUUUAAGCCCAUGCAGAGGCACCUGUUCCUGCACGAGAAGGCCCUGCUCUUCUGUAAGAGGAGAGAGGAGAACGGGGAAGGCUACGAGAAAGCUCCGUCUUACAGCUUCAAACACUCCCUCAGUAUGAGUGCGGUGGGCAUUACAGAGAACGCUAAAGGAGACAACAAGAAGUUUGAGAUUUGGUGUAACUCCAGAGAAGAAGUUUUUAUAGUUCAGGCUCCAACACCUGAGAUUAAAACAGCAUGGGUGAACGAGAUCCGCAAAGUUCUGACCCAACAGCUCAAAGCCUGCAGAGAUGCCAGCCAGCAGAAAAGCUCAGACUCUGUUUCCCCGACUCCUACCAGCAACAACAGCUCCAUCUCCCUCAGUCCCUUUCGUAGCAGCACUCAGAAGAACCAGAAGAAGCAAGAGGAGAAGAAGGUGGAACCAAGUCCGAUCUCUGACACAAACUCCUCUUCUUCGCCGAAACACAAAGAUGAACCGGUGACCAGUCCGACCACUGACAGGUCCUCAGUGGCUAAAAAGCGUUUUACUUUGCAGGGCUUCAGCAAUCUCAAGAGUCCGAAAGGCUCAGCCCUGAGCCCCGAGCACAGCUCCAAACGCCACUUGGUCAAGAGUGACCCCACUCCGUUUGGGUUCAAAGGUUGGAACAAAGCGUCUCUCUCGGUGGACGCCUCAGAAGAGAAUGAUGGGUACUCCAGCGGCGAGGACCCUAUGAACUCUGACCCUGAGGACGAAGUUGGAAAGAAGCUGGCCCCAGGAAAGUAUACAGUGGUUGCGGACUGCGAGAAGGCGGGACCUCAGGAGCUGUCUGUUAAGAGCGGAGAUGUGGUCCAGCUAAUCAGAGAAGGAGAGGAGGGACAGUGGUUUGUGAAGAACCUUCGCAGCAGUAAGGAGGGCUGGGUGGCUGAGGCAAACCUCCUCAGCCUCAUCUCAGAGUCCAAGUCAUCCCAGUCACUCAGCAGCUCAGAUGACAGCGUCUCUGGAAACCUCAGCACUUCCUCCAGCUGCAGCGAGACCUACACCAGCUAUUCUGACAUCAAACCCUGACCUGCGAUCAGUCACUGUCCCGGCUCCCGUCCCCCACCAGCUUAAACCAUUUCCAGGUGGAAUUACAAAACUGGAAGUUGACUCUGACAGGAGGACACAAUCAAAAUGUUCCUUUCAUCUCACAGUUGGCCGCAUCCAACCGAAAAACCAAAACUAUCACUGCAUCUGCGAAUGUUACCGGCUGAGUGUUAACAACACCCACCUUUCUGUGGAUAUUUACAGUCACCUGUCAGUCUAUUUGUACAUGAAAAAUAGCUUAUUUUCACCCAGCAGUAUUAUAUUAUCAUUUGAUUUUUAAAAAACGCAAACAAUCAGAUUGAUAGAUAUUGAAUAUCAGCUAUUUGCAACCAUGAUUCAAAAAUAUCAGCAUGCUGCUAAUUUUAAGUGUAGGUAUUUUCAUUCCAGUGACAGAAACUUCAGAUAAUAAAAAUAUCAGGGAGAAAUGAUCUGUCACUUCCUGUCAGGCCUUCUUUAAAAAUCACACUCUGUAAACUACAGUACAGAGAAAAGCUGAAUGUUUCAGUUUAAUAAGUCACUGAACAGUUGUUCAGUGCCGUAUUUAAUCCUUGUGAUUAUGUAGCAUAUUAAAGUGGACAAAUUCAAAGAAUAUCUGCUCUAAAUUAGUCAAACCCCUACAAGUCGAUCAUAUCACAGCACAGCAACAGAUUCUCUGGUGUGAAUCCUCUACAGAUACUAUCAGACUGGUAUUUCACAUGAUACAUCAGACAUUAAUCGUACACUGUGAAAACUGGCAGCUGGCUGCAACAAGAAAAAAAAAAAGAAAAGCUUUCAGUGCGUCUUGGAGCAUCACUGAACAGGUCAGAUGUUCAGGGCAUGUUACUGUAAGUCUUGUAAUCUUUUUGGACAUAAAGUGUGCUGAAUCCCUGUAGUGUCUGGCAGGCCAGUGAUGUUAAAGAAGUUUAAUUUCCAUUCAAGAAUGCUGUAUUCAUCCCACAUGGAAAAGAUUGUUAACAUGCGCUUCCCUUAACCCCGGCUUUAUGGUAUUAACUUCAACUGAGACACAGCGUCAAAAGUGUCACUUGGUGAAUGUCUUAAAUGCAGAUUAAGAACAUAAACAACAGAACCAUCUAAUUUGACCAACUUUCCUUAUCAUGUGAAGCGAGCGCAGCAACAGCCGUCACACUUUUGAGAUCAAUCCUCCACCGUCACCACCAGCACUCCCUGGUGGCCACAUGUCUCGCACUCCUCCAGCUACACAUACCCAUCGCUUACACAGAGAGCGGCAGCUUGGAACAACUUUUGAACCUCGUUCUUUUGAGAGUGAUUGUCUAACUCGCCUCUGCACUGCUCUGGAUUUACCUCUCAGGAAGCCCCAGAAGUCGUUUGGGCAGGCAGGUGUGACUGCAUGCCUGCUUGUGUCGACUUAAUGUCUUUGUGUGUGUGCGUUCUUGCACAUAUAUGUGCUUCAGAACAAAUACUUAUGUCACAAACAUCCAGAAAGGCCACAGAUAUCAGCUGAAAUAGUUUUACAUGCAAAGUCCCAUUUAAGGAUAUAUAAUUCUUAUGCAUUCAUCUGAUGGAUUAACUUCUAGUCAGGUAAUCUUUAUUGAAAUUUUGGUAAAACAAAUAGCUACAGUCUCACAUAAAUCUCAAUAUUCUGCAUAUUUAGCUGGUUUUUGUCUCAUGGCCACUCUGCUUACCUAUCUUUGGUCUGCACUGCUGGAACAAAAGCAGGCUUUGUCCCGUCACUCUGCUCCCAGCCCCACUCAGGCAUGUGACAGUAGCCACUUCUCUACAAGCAGGGCUUACCAGGGCCCAGACCUGCUCGACAUGUUUGCACCACCAGCCUGAGAGCAAUAUUUGUUUACUUGACAUCGUAAUGUAGCUGAGUAAUCAUCACAGGCGGGUAAGAAGGUGGAAAAAAAAAAAAAAGAGAGACAAAAGUCUAAUUUUAGGCCCAUAGUGGAAAUCAGGAUGUUGAUACAGCUUGAUAGCACACUUCUGAUAACCAGCUGCUUUUUUCUUUCUCUCUUCAACACACACACACACACAUACAUAAGGAACUUGUGCUAUUCUGAACACUGAAUGACACCUCCUCUCUUACCUUGUUUUCCAAGGGUAAACAUGUUUUUUAUAACCUAUGAUUUCUACUGUAUCCGCAAGGCGCACUGUAAAAUUAUCUCUUCCUUUUACCCAUCCUUAAUGUUGAAUGUGUGACCCUGUUAUUAAACAGAAACAUACCAAGUGCAACACACUGUUCCACUGAAACCAGCCCCACCUGUUUAUUACUUAAUAUGGGCUGUAUUUGUCCACUGGCUUAACAGAAUCAUGAUCUGUGCUUUUGACUACUUUCUUGAGCUGUUUUUUGUUGAGAACCGCUUCUCAAAUUCUUCAAAACGCAUGUCUUCCCUGAGAAAGAAAAGAUUCUUCUCCAGAAAAAAAGGAAGAAACUAGUUUACAGGCUUUUCGGUGUUAAACUGUGAGCUAAACCAGAGAGUAAACUGUGGCUGGCAUUAUGUGUUGAUCAGUGUAAGUUCUGUAAGACUGAUAAAAUGUAUGUUACAUAUGUACAGAUGUGUCCUCUCUUAUACCUCACAUUGUUUUCCUCGAGAGCAUGUAAAAAUUGUGAAGGGGAUUGUUUUUGUGAGUCUCUUUGUCUCUCUGUAUAUCAUCAUUCUUUGUGGCAUAUUCUUCAUAGCCCCGGUUUUAAACCUGACUGAACAAGGCAAAUAUUUUUUACCAGGCAUUGUUGUAUAUUGUGAGAGUUUAUUUUCUGCCCUCUUAUGAAAGCUGACACGGGCACUAAACUUGUCAGUGUUUUGAUCAUGGUCACACAAUGAAGCUUAUUGAGUUCUUUGUACUUUUGACUCGGAGGCUGGAGAGAUGAGAAGGGUUAUAUAUUUUUUAGUUUCUUUUUAUGCAGCACAUUGCAGCAACCACUUUCUAUUAUUUUCCUAUUGUAUAUCUACUGAGUAUGGUGUUGAUAUAAAGAUAUUAUAAUGAGACGUAUCUGUGUAUAUUUGUAAAUAUGUAAUUCUGAAUUGUAUGUAAAAUGAAAAGCAGCUUUAAUAAAGUCUGAGAUGGUUUCCUCUA